AUGGCCCAAAAUUUCUGGGACAACGGCCGCCCCCCUCUUGGCCGGGUUUUCGCUGCUUCUGGAUAUAGAAGUCGAGCAGCAACCGCCUAUCAGGGCCACGUUCAAGUUAGCUGGGGGCUCAUUCAAAUGCCGUCUAAUCGGACGGGACGAAACACUAUCAAUACCGAAGGCACGCGCAAAUUCAAUCUACCCGAUGAAAUUAUCCAGCCUGCGGUUGGCUUAGACGAUGACAUGUGA